CAAAAGUUGCCAAUACAAUUUGUUAAUAAGUUUAUCUUUUGGAAAUAUUGUACUAUCUUUUGGAGAUUCUGUAUUACUUUUAUGAGAGUAUGUAAAGCUAAUUUAUUUGUGUGUCAAAGAAAAAAAUGACAAAAUUCGAAGGUAAUUUAAGUGUUGGUAGAAAAUGUUCUAAAUUGAAACAGUUUUGGGAAGAAAAGACUGAAGAAAACAGUAUAGUUGUAAAAAAUGUAAUAAAGUCACAACCUCCGAGACGAGUUGUUUUAAACGUUUAUUUGAACAGAAGGAAGAAACAAGAUUUAAGGCCUUCAUGGAAAAAGCAACCAGGCAAACUGAACAUGAAAGAUUAUACAUUGGUUACUGAUGCCAUAGCACGAAUGAAUGUAGGAUCAAAAGAUUCUCUUCGAUUAAAUAAAAUGACAAAAUCAACAUUUGCUCCAUUAGCAACUCCAGAGAAUGUAGACCUUGGAUCUGAAUAUGCACAGUUUGCAGUUGUACCCAAAUCAAAGGAUGGCAACAAGACAUUACGAAGGAAAGAGAAACAACGAGCAAAAGAAGAAAAAAAACUGGAAGAGCAACAUCAGAAAGAAGAAAAACUAAAGAAACUGGCAGAAGAGCGGGAGAAGAAAAAACAAAAGACAAAAUCAACAAGUGGAGGGGUUAAAGGUGGUGGGAAAUCUCAUCAGUCAACUCUGGAGCAACUGGCUCAAUCAGACAGUAACGCAGUUCCAAUAAUCCUGGAGAAGUGUGUUCAAUUUGUGGAGGAAGAGGGCUUAGACUCAGAGGGUAUUUACCGUGUUCCUGGCAAUAGAGCUCAUGUUGAACUCCUAUUUCAAAAAUUUGAUGAAGAUCAAAAUGUAGACAUAACCAGCCUUGACAUUCCUGUUAAUGCUGUUGCUACUGCACUUAAAGAUUUCUUCUCCAAGCGUCUGCCUCCACUUUUCACUGAAGACCUAAUGAGUGACCUGGAAGCUUUAUCAGUAAAAAGUGACAAGAGCUGCAGGCCUUUAGAAUUAAGGAGCCUUCUGAAGAAAUUACCACCUGUCAACUUUGAGGUUUUGAAGUUUGUUUUUCACCACUUUGUAAGAGUAUCAGAAAAUUGCAAACUAAACAGCAUGGACUCCAAGAAUCUUGCCAUUUGUUGGUGGCCAACCCUUCUGCCGAUUGAGUUCAGUGAUAUGGGGCGUUUUGAACAGAUGAGACCCCAUCUCGAGAACGUUGUUCAGACCAUGAUAGACCAGUACCCUUUUCUUUUCUGUGGGAAAGAGGCUUUUGUCAUGGUUUGAAUGCUCAUAUUUGUAUACACAUCCUUUUUUAUCGACAGGACAAUUUAGUAUAAAAACUGUAUUUGAUAUUAAGAUGUGAAUAAGAUCCAGUUACUCGCUUCUCACUAGGCAUGUUACGUCCAUUCCACUACAGAUCUGUGUAUCGUUGUGUACUGUGUAUUAGCAUAAGACUCUUCUGAACAUAAGCUAUUCAUAAGGACAAACACAUAUUCAUAUUAUAUCAUAUUCGAUAAGGAGCCAAAGAUGUUUUGAUGAUGGCUAUGUAAUUUUUAUAGAAUUAACAUUGUAGUAUAUGUAUAGUUCGAUUAAUUUAUUGUUAAGUUAUGUUUUUACCUAUUUAUUUUGUUGAUCGGAAGUUAUUUACUUGAAUUUGUAAUAAAAAUAAUGUAAAUCUUUUGUAUUAGGAUCGAUGCUGCAGGAUCGGAAUUAGAGUUGUAAAAGCUUUAUAUUUUCUACUAAAUGAUGGCACUUUGGUUUUGGUAUGAUGGUUGAACUCAAGUCGUAACAUUUGUCUACUCAAUUACAGUAUCAAACAGAACUGGCUUUGAAAAUGAGUAUGCUUACUGGUCUGGAUAAUGCACAAAACCGUCUUUAUGCGGUGCUUAUUUAGGAUUCAUAGUUUUGUUACACAUAUAUAAUUUCUAUUUAUGUUGAAAGCAUUAUAUUUGUUAUGAUUUUAUUUUAAUAGUUGUUAAUAAUAUUUUAACUUUAUUUGUAACUAAACUGUAUUUUUAAUUACAAUUUUAAAGUCACUGGAAAUGCUUAAUAACAUUUGAAAUUUUAGUGUUGUCAAUGUCAUUCAAAACCACAAACUUUUAUUAAUCUGUAAUGUUUUGAAAUUAAGAGCUUUUAAAAAAUGCAUGAAAGAGAUUCUAUAAACACGAGGAUGCAUAAUUUAUUUGUUAUACAGUUGUAAUCUCUGCCAUUGCACAUUGUGACACUCAGCAAAAUUAGUCAUUUGAUACAAAA